UCCUUUGCUCGAGAGAUGUCUGAUUUAGGAGGCAAAGUCUCAAGUCUGGACACAUUUUGGCAUCUUGCAGUUCAGCAGCCAUGACUCCUGUCCUGCUCAUCUUAUGGGCAGGAGCUCUAACUUAUCCUAUUCUUGCAGCUCCCGCCUGCUCCAGACCACCUCAAGUACCAUUUGCUACCGUCGACGUAUUCAAGGCAGAAUACAAUGUUGGAGAAGAAAUUACAUACCAAUGCAAUCCUGGGUAUAUUGCUCGGUCAGGCUCAAGAAAAUACAUUUGCCCUUUGUCUGGUAGAUGGCCUUCAAUACUGUUGACAUGUAUACCAAGGAAAUGUCUUUACCCUGGGCCUUUAGUGAAUGGAAAUAUACAGCAUACAGACCUGAGCUAUCCCAAUUCUGUGAACUUUUCAUGUGACCCUGGGUAUAAUCUUCAAGGACCGAAAACCAGUCAUUGCCAGGCAGAUGGGCAAUGGAGUGCAAAGCUGCCUCAAUGCCAGCCUGUAAUUUGUCCUCCACCUCCAGUGUCUGAAUUCUCAGCCCUUCUCUACCACAGAUUUAAGCCUGGCAACAUAUCAGUUUUCCAAGAUAAAAUCAAAUUUGAUUGUUUAUCACCUUUAGCUCUGAUUGGAAAUGAAAUUGCUUUCUGUCAGGCCGAUGGGAGCUGGAGUGCAAUACCAGAAUGCAGGCGUGUAGAGUGUCCACGACCACAAGAAAUAGAAAAUGGAUUUAUAAACUUUGCCCUUCGCAGAUCAUUUAUCUAUAAAGAUACUGUGUCUUAUGGUUGUAAUGAUCCCUAUGUGCUGGAGGGACCUGUAGAUUCAAGGUGUGAAAAGACCGGCCAGUGGUCAGCAAAACCAACUUGCAGAGCAUCGUGUCAAAUACCAGUUAAAAGAGCAACAGUAUUGUACAAUGAUCAGAAAGUAAAGGUACAAGACCAUCUCCAGAAUGGAAUACGACAUGCUGAAACUAUCUGGUUUUUCUGUAAAAACAAAGAGCAUCACUGUAGUUAUACAGCACCUGCUCAGUGUAUAGACGGAGUUCUUACACCCCCUGAGUGUUUCAAAGAACGUUCUUGGUUUGCAUCCGUCUUCAAAACAGACAUAGCUGACCUGACACCAUGUGAGAACAUUAACUGAAGAAGCAAUCUCCGGUUGUUACAGAAGACGCACAUAAAUGAAGCAUCAAUGUUCCUUCCAACUACAUGCACCCGCAAGACAAUCAUAUCUCUGACUACGCUUUACGCACAUUUUAAAUGAGAGUUUGUGUAAAUCAGUUUCAGCUUUGAUGUAAAUACGGAACGUUGCACUAUUAUGCACACCAUUAUUUCCUUGUUGGACAAUUUAUAUUAAUUUGUAGAAUUUAAAUUCUUUUUUGAGUUAAACACACACACACACACACACACACACA